GAAGUACCAGUUAUAGUUAGUUCGUUAAUGACUAUUGCAGUACUUAGUUGCCGCGUUUAAAAUCAUUUAACCUGCGCAUGUAAUGUAGUCAAGAUGUCUGACAAAAAAAAUUCUGUCACAAUUUUUCAUAAAAUGAUUACAUACACAAAUUUAAUUCGGAAAAUUACAUAAUGUGCCAACAAUGUAGAAAUGCCAGAAAUAAUUAUAAAUAUGGCAUAUUUUUAGUGUGGUUUCAGUAUUAAAAGUUAGAUAUAACUGAGUGUAGGAUAUCCAAUUUUUCUUAAUGUAAUUAUAAUUUUAUAAGUGAAACAAAUAAUAUAAUAAAGCACAUAGUUUCUUAACACUUCUCUAAAAGCUAAGAAAAUGGAAAUGAAUCUUAAACGAUUAGCUGAUAUUUUAAGCAUUUUCAUCAUAGCCAUGUGCUUUAUAUUAAAGGUUCCGCAAAUUUUUAAAUUAAUUUCUGUAAAGUCUGCCAAACAAAUAUCUAUUUUAGGACUAUCGUUAGAAUUGACAAGUUAUACGAUAGUGGCAAGUUACAAUUAUGUUAAUAGGUAUUCCCUAUUAUCAUAUUUUGAAUAUCCAGUUAUUUUAAUACAAGACUAUAUUUUAAUGUAUUUAAUAUUAAUAUAUUCGAGAAAAAUGAAUAUAUGGAGCUUAUUGUUCACGAUUGUAUAUAUUACAAUGAGCAUUUGUUUUCUAUCAGAAAUUAUACCAAAGAUUGUUCUUACAUUCUUAACGCCAAUGUGUACUCCCAUAUCUGCGUCUAGUAAAAUAAUGCAAUUGGUGACAAUUAUUAGAGCUAAAAAUGCAGAUUCUAUUUCACCCCUAACUUGGUUUAUAUCCGCUUUAUCAAACUUAAUAAGAGUGUUUACCAUAUGGGUGGAUUCUGUUGAUAUUUUACUAUUAGGAAACUUCAUCAUAUCUGUACUUUUAAGUUCUAGUAUAAUGUUUUCUUCCUUGUAUUAUAGAUAUUAUAAUGUAAAACAGGAUUGAAGAAAAUAAUAUUAUUUUGUAUAUCUGAGUAGUUUCAAAUAGACAUCUUGAAAAGAA